AUAUAAUGGUUUAAAAGUAUUUUUUUGUUUCACUAUAUAAAUUGUUUUUAUAUUUCAAUGUAACUUUAUACUUAUUGGAUAUUGUGUGGCCAAUUAAAUUAUGUAAAUUACUGUGUAAUUGAUUAAAUUUAUAAAUUAAAUGACAGUUUUCAAAAGUAAUAUCUUUUAAAUAUUACAGAUUUUAAUUAAAACUGAUUACAUUUUGAAAUAAAUAGCUUAAUCUAUAAACUAAUUCUAUAUAGAUAUGAGGACAAAAUUGUAAAGUGGCAUCACCUUGAAUUUUUCUAAUUUUGUGCAUUAUUAAUUGGAGUGAGAUAAUCAACAUCUAAUAUUAUGUUACUCUCAAAAUGGUCGAACUUGAUUCUUCAUAUUUUAUUAGUUAAUUGUGUUUCAUAUAAUAGAAAUACUUACUUCAAACUAAAAAUAUAUAAAAAUCGAAUUUAAAAAUUAGUUAUAUAUAAUUUAAUAUACAAAAAUUCACAUACAAAUAAAAAAGGUAAAUGUAACAAAUUAAAAUAUAUUAUCCGCGCGUAGCGCGGAGAAAAGAUCUAGUAUGUAGCUCAAACCGACAUAUCAAGCCUCUCCUCUAUCAAAUCCUUAAAUAAAUAAUCAACCCUACCUCACACCUACCAAAGCGAGCCCAUCACUAUACCCAAAUCUAUAAACACAACGGAAAAAGUAACAUCAGUGACAAUUUUUUGCUUUUAAAGAAAAACGUUUCAAUGUGGUUUGACAAAGCUGACGUCGACGUAUCCCGAAACUGCUUGUAACUCCGGUAUCAAAUCUUACGCUUGUAAGUAAAAACAUUGAUUGUGGGAUCCAUAUUACUAACCAUGGAUAAUUUUAUACUAUAAUUUACAUGCAAAUAACCAUCUCUCACCAUUUGUUAUUCUAUAUAAUAUAGAUUAAGCUUCAAACCCAAAAAUACAAACUCACUCAAAACACAAUUAAUUUAGAGAGAGAGAGAUCGGAAAAAUGGGUGCUUCCUACCAAGAAUGUUCAUCAUUGCUUCUUCAAAAUCUCAAAGUGACGAUCAAAGAAUCAUAUCUCAUUUUCCCAUCCGAAGAAACUUUAACCCAUGAGAGCAAAUCUAUGUUCUUGUCCAAUGUCGACCAAAUUCUCAACUUUGAUGUCCAAACGGUUCAUUUCUUCCGACCUAACAAAGAUUUUCCUCCGGAGAUUGUGUCGGAGAUGCUGAGAAUGGCGUUGGUGAGAGCAAUGGACGUUUACGAGUUUUUGGCCGGGAGACUUCGCCUGAACCCUAGCUCUGGAAGACUGAAUAUUGACUGUAACGGUGCCGGAGCUGGGUUUGUAACGGCUGAGAGUGAGUACACUUUGGAGGAACUUGGAGAUUUGGUUUAUCCAAAUCCAGCUUUUGCUGAACUGGUUACAAGUCAGCUUCAAUCUUUGCCUAAAGAUGAUCAACCAUUGUUUGCUUUUCAGGUGACAUCAUUCAAGUGCGGUGGAUUUGCAAUGGGAAUCUCAACAAACCAUACAACGUUCGAUGGACUUAGUUUCAAAACAUUUCUAGACAACUUAGCCUCUCUACUAAGUGAAGAGCCCUUAUCAACACCACCUUGCAACGACCGUACUCUUCUCAAAGCUCGUACUCCACCACGUGUCACAUUCCCACACCACGAGCUUGUCCAACUCCAAGACUCGGACACAACAGUCUUCGAAGCCACUUCUGAGCACUUAGAUUUCAACAUCUUCAAGCUAUCCUCUCAACAAAUCUCGAGGCUCAAAGAGAAGGCCUCGGAGAGUGUUAGUAGUGUUUGUGUUCGUGUGACGGGCUUCAACGUCGUUACCGCUUUGGUUUGGAGGUGCAAGGCACUCUCUUUAGUAGAAGAAGAAGAGGUGGAUGAUCUUGAAAAAGAAUCAACCAUUCUUUACGCGGUGGACAUCAGAGGGAGGCUGGAUCCUCAGCUUCCCUCUUCGUACACGGGAAACGCGGUUUUAACGGCGUACGGAAAGGCGAAACGAAAGGCAUUGUUCGAAGAACCGUUUGGGACGAUUGUGGAAAUGGUAGGAGAAGGUGCAAAUCGGAUAACGGAUGAGUAUGCCAGAUCCGCUAUAGAUUGGGGAGAGAUGUACAAAGGGUUUCCACAUGGGGAUGUUUUGGUUUCAUCGUGGUGGAAACUGGGAUUUGCGGAGGUUGAAUAUCCAUGGGGAAAGCCAAAGUAUUGCUGUCCCGUUGUGUACCAUCGGAAAGACAUAGUUUUGCUGUUUCCAGACAUUGAUGGAGAUAGUAAAGGUGUUUAUGUCUUGGCUGCUUUGCCUUCUAAGGAGAUGACCAAGUUUCAGAAAUGGUUUGAAGACACCCUUUGCUGAUUUCUCCUUCGCUUCACUUUGCAUUGGUAUUUUCUUAGUUCUACUAAGUACUACUUCAUUUUAUAAAAGAGGCAAAGGUGAACGAUCUGGUGUAAGAGUAAAACCACAUAAUGCAUGUUAACCCAAGAAGAGAGAAAAAAAAAGUAUGGUUUGGUUCAGUUUGAAAAUGAAUUCAGUUAUAUAUAUACAUAAUAAAUUUAAAAUU